AUGGAUACCAAAAUUGGAUUUAUUUUUAUAUUAUUAUUAUUAAUAUCAUUUACAUAUGGACAAAGAGAUAAAUUACCUGUUAUUGUUACUAUUUAUGAUCAUCAUCCAGACAAGAAUGCAAACUUUGAAGAUCCUAAUUGCGGAUUGAAGCCAGGCAUGAUUCAAAGUAAUCUUAACCCAUCCACCAAGAUUCCAGUACUCAACUCUCAAUCAUCAGAUCUGGCGGCUUGUUUCAAAAACACAUCAACAUUCCCUCAAUUCUUCCAAUCCGUCACCAACAUCAACAUCCCAAUCCAAAAGACACUCGAGGCCACCUAUGAUGACCAGAUCAAGGGUUACGUCUAUGAAAACUCUUAUUUCUUCCCCAUCAACAAUGAGGGAUGGGAUUUAACCGAAGGCCUCAAACGUGACGACAGAGAUAAACGAGAUAUCAGAGAAAACUUCCAUUUCUGUCUCAAAUUCAAUGCUCAAUUCGAGUACAAUGACCAAGGUAGAUUCAACUUUUUCGGUGAUGAUGAUGUCUACCUCUUUAUCGACAACAAGUUGGUAAUGGAUUUAGGUGGUGUACAUAGUAGUGUUGAUGGUUCAAUCAAUGUUAAUGGUUUAGGUUUAAUUAAUAAAAAAACUUAUGAUUUUGAUUUCUAUUUUUGUGAAAGACACACAAAAUCAUCGGCAUUGAAAUUUACAACAGAUUUUAAACCAUAUUGUGCAUCGACCGAUUAUUGUGGUGCUUGUAAUGGAAAGGGUGAAUGUUGUUUCAAUAACAAUGGCUGUGAUGAUAAUGAUGUUUGUACUAUUGAUACAUGUCCACCUGCCAAUGCUCCAGGUCUCGAUCCAAACAAUUGGAAGGAGGCUUGUACUCAUCAACGUAUCAAUGCUACUGCUGAUGCUGCCGACCUCUGUUUCAAUAUGGGUAAUGUUGGAGGACAAUGCAAACCAAUCCCAGUACAAUGUAAUAAUCCACCAUCCAAGUGUCAUAUAGCUCAAGAUUGUAAACCAGAUUCUGGAUGUUCAUACAUUCCCAGGGCAUGUCAACAAAGCAACAACAAGUGUGAAACCUUUACUUGUAACCCUAGCAAUGGUAAUUGUGAAUCAAACAUUAAAAAGUGUUUGGAUGGUCCAAGUAACUGUGCUUCAAGUGGUGUUUGUGAUACCAAUACUGGUCAGUGCGGCUACCAAUGCUGCCCUACAGAUCUAGUCAACAAUGAUUGUAUCACCUCGACCUGUACCAAUGGAAAGUAUACAGUUGUGGACGAGUGUGCCGCCAAAUCAAACGAGUGUCACUUGUAUACCUGUAACAAUGUCACCAAUACAUGUACCGAUACUUUUCUUUGCAACGAUGGUAACAAGUGUACAGUCGACACUUGUCAACCAAACAAUACAUGUCUCUACACACCCAUUUCAUGUGAUGAUAAUAACGCUUGUACUCUUGACACUUGUGACUCGUUGACAAAUGGUUGCACACAUACUCCAAUCAUCUGUGAACAAGAUCCAAAUGACUUGUGCUCCAACCAGACAUGUGAUGCAACUGUAGGUAGUUGUGUGGCUGUUCCUAUCGUCUGUCCAAUCGGUGAUGAUCUCUGCAACAUCCCAUCAUGCAACAAGACUAUCGGAUGUCUCGUCACACCCAAGACUUGUGUCGCCGAAGACGACGAAUGUCAACGUGCAUACUGUGAUGCCGAUACUGGCGACUGUGUCACCAAGAACCGUAGUCCCACUCCAUUCAACUGUCUCUCUGAUGCUGCCAAGGGUGGUAUCAUCUCGUCUGCAGCCAUCGCCGGUAUCGCCAUUGGAGGUGCCGUUGCCCUUGGUCUCGCUGCAUUUGCCGGUAAAAAAGGUUACGACUAUUGGAAGGAUCAUAAAGACUCUAAAAUGACUUCAGUCAAUGCCAACCCACUCUAUGAAAAUAAUGUUAGAGGUGCUGGUGAAAAUCCUUUAUUCACUGGAAAAGAAUAG